AUGGUCCCCCCCCCCCGGGAAGGGGUAGGUGCGGGUCCCCCGCACCCCUCCCCCGACCUCGCCCUAACGCAUACGCCACCAGCGGCGUAUGCUACGCCGACGGGCGUUAUCCACGCGCCCGCCGCCGCCGUCUCCGCCGCUGCUGUCGCCGCUGCGCUUACUGCCGCUGAUGCCGCCGCCGCAAAUUUGAACAUCAACACGGCGACGACGACGACCACAGCAACAUCUUAUGUAACCGCCGCCGUCACCGCCACCGUCACCACCACCGUCACCGCCGCCACCACCGCUGCCGCCACCGCGGCCGACACCGUUGCCGCCACCGCCGCCACCACUUCUUCCGCCGCCGCCGCCACCGCCGCCGCCAGCGCCGUCACCCCGGCCACCGCCGCCUCCGCGGCACUGGUGAAGGGGAACUGGCUGUCGCCGGGGUUGGCCCAGUGGAUGGCCGUAUACCUGCGCCUCAAAGAAAAUGAGGUGCGGGGGGUCGCCCCGUCGGUUGCCGACCUGACGGCGUUGGACUCAGCGAGGCGGGGGGUGAUUGCACUCCCCCCCGUCGAUAUAGGAACGCCAAGGGGGAGGGUAAUUACCUCCCUCCUGAAGAGGCCGGCCAGCCCGGAAGAAGAGGGCCAGAAGAAGAAGCCGCGCGCCAUCAACAUGGGGGAGGAGGAGUCCCGCUCCUCCACGCAGGAGCCGUCGUCGUCGGGGUCUAUGGCGGACCUGACGAUGACGGAAGCAAGCCGCCGCCCCCUGCAGCGCGCGGCCACAAUGGCGUCGGAGCGCGGCUCAGAGGCCGCCGCCGCCGCCGCCGCCGCCGAAGCGAAAAUGAAGCCUCCGCCGGCCGGAAAUCGGCGAUCCCGAGGUGGCAGUCUCGGGACUACGCGCCGAGCAGUUCGGGUUCCGGCCUGA